CCGCCCGGCGCCGAGGGGCGGGGGCGGGCGGGGGCGGGCAGCGGAGCCGCCGCGUCUGCGGGAGCCGCCGCCGCCGCCCCGCCGGGCCGCGCCGGGCAGCGCAGCGGGAGCGCAGCGGGGGAGCGCAGAGGAGCAGCCGGUACUGCCGAGCGCGGAGGAGGCGGCGGCGGCGGCGGGCGGGAGGAGCGCGGCCGAGGGGCCCCGGCGGAGCCGCCGACACCGGCAGGGCCGCGCCCCGGGCUCCGGCAGCGGCUGCCCCGCCCGGCCCCGGGGGGAGCUGGGCCCGGCCCGGCCAUGCUCGGCCUGGAUGUGUGCGAGGCCGGCGGGCAGCUGCUGGAGCUGCUCUGGCUGGCGCUGUGCUACCGAGACAUCAUGGCUGACAAGGAGGGGGUGACGCUAUCGCUGGAGGAGGAGGAGGAUGCCGACAUGGCCCUGGCGUACAAGACACCAGAGAAGAAGAGCCUGCGGGAGAUCCAGGAGCUGGACCCAGGGGACGAGAGCCUGCGGAAAUACAAGCAGGCGCUGCUGGGUGCCAUCCCUGCCGCUGUGGAUGCCAGCGUGCCCAACGUGCAGGUGACAAGGCUCACCCUGAUGUGCGAGCAGGCGCCGGGGCCCAUCACCAUGGACUUGACAGGAGACCUGGAGGUGCUGCGAGGCCGGGCCUUUGUGCUGAAGGAGGGGGUGGACUACAGGGUGAAGGUGUCCUUCAAGGUGAACAGGGAGAUCGUCUGCGGGCUGCGGUGCCUGCACCUCACCUACCGCCGGGGCCGACCUGUGGACCGUGAUGUCUUCAUGGUGGGCAGCUAUGCACCACGGGCUGAGGAGUACGAGGUGGUGACGCCAGCAGAGGAGGCACCGCGGGGCUGGCUGGCACGGGGCUUCUACCGCGUUCGCUCCCUCGUCACUGACGAUGACAAGACGGAGCAUCUCUCCUGGGAGUGGGAUCUCUGCAUAAAGAAGGCCUGGGAGGACUGACCCCUCCCCCACCCGCACCCUGGUUCCCCCCUGCUGCCAGCUCGGGGACGUGGUGCCUGCCAUCCCAGGAGACACCUUGCUGGCACCACUGCGCUUGCCCCGGUCAUGUGCAGGGUGGGUGGGUGGGUGGGGGUCCCUUAGUGAGCGGGUGCUCAUGGUCGUGGUCUUCGCAACCAAAGUUAUUUUUAAUUGCUGGUUUUUUUUUAAAUACCGACGCCCACCUGAUCCCUGCAGUGUCCCCAUUGCUGGGGCUGGGGCUGUGACCCUGCCAUGGUGGCGCGGUGCCCGCAGGCUGUGCUCUUCCAUCGCCAUUAAACCCUACAGACUGGUCUCUUA